AUGGAUGCAAGAAAUGUCUCUGUGGUGACUGAAUUCAUUCUGGUAGGAUUAACAGAUCAGCCUGAACUCCAAAUGCCCUUGUUCUUUCUUUUCUUAGCAAUGUAUCUGUUCACUGCAUUGGGAAAUUUGUGUUUGAUAAUUCUGACCGUGCUGAACUCUCACUUACAUACUCCUAUGUACUUUUUUCUCUUUAACUUGUCCUUAAUAGACAUCUGUUAUUGCUCUGUGUUCACUCCCCAAAUGCUGAUAAACUUCAUAUUAAAGAAGAAUUAUAUUUCUUACAUGGGAUGUAUGACCCAAGUCUAUUUCUUUAUUUUCUUUGCUGUAUCUGAAUGCUAUGUGUUGACUUCAAUGGCCUAUGAUCGCUACAUGGCCAUCUGUAAUCCACUGUUGUAUAAUGUUGUUAUGUCUCCUAAGUUAUGUUUGAGCCUUAUGUUUGGUUCCUACUUUAUUGCGCUUUCUAAUGCUGUAGCUAACACUACAUGCAUGCUGAGACUGACCUUCUGUGAUGCCAACGUCAUCAACCACUACUUCUGUGAUGUUCCUCCUUUGCUCCAGCUCUCCUGCACAAGCACAGAUAUCAACGAGCUUGUACUUCUUGUUGUUGGGACCAUCAAUGUCAUUGUUCCCACUUCAACUAUCUUUAUCUCCUAUGGUUUCAUACUUUCCAGCAUCUUUCAAAUCACUUCAUCUGAGGGAAGGUCCAAAGCCUUCAGCACCUGCAGUUCUCACAUCCUUGCUGUUUCUCUGUUCUUUGGUUCAAGUGCAUUUGAGUAUUUCAAACCAACUUCAGGAAGGUCUAUGGAAGAGGGGAAAUUUUCUUCUGUCUUUUAUACUAAUGUCGUUCCCAUGACAAAUCCCUUAAUCUACAGCUUGAGAAACAAAGACAUUAAACUUGCUUUUAAGAAAACAAUGAUCUGCAGGAACUUUUGA